AUGGAGCCACUACCGUCUCAGCCACGACCUAUGGAUCAAGCAAACAUUGUCCCAGUACCGGGCCAGAGCUCAUACAUUCUGCGUUCUGUGGUACGAUAUAACAUUGCGGAUCGAGCUAUCAUAGAAACCUGCUGCUGUGUCUGGCGGUUGCGCUGGUGGUUGGUAUCCGGGAAUGUGGGCACAGUCGCCAACGAAACAGCUGUCAGCGAAGAAACUCUCCCGCUUCUAGACAUGGGUGGGCGAUGCCAGACACCAGGAAGGAAUCGUCCUGGUUUGGAUUCGACAAUUACUGAAAAGGGCCAGUUGUACGCUGUGAUGUACACUCGAAGACUCGCCAGCGUCAGCCGAAGGGCUGCUGGGGGUUUAAAGUGCAAGACAACCGGAUCGGGUCAGAUCGACCACGCCCUCAUCGAGGAGCUUUCUUUGUCGCGAGGAGCGAUCACCAUCUCAUCCUCUGGUUUCCGCUGUUGUUUGGAUGCCACCGUGGAGCUUCGUCGGCCGUGCACCUGCGCAAUGCCUUUGUCUUUAGGACAGAUCUUACACUCCAAACUCGCCGUCGUUAUCGGCUCCUUCGUGAUUUGUGUAAGAUCUGACAACAUUCCCAUCUGUCAAAUUGUGUCCAAUCGAGGGACAUACGUCAACUUGAUCCAUGUCGAAACCGCGACUCGGUGCGAUCAUGAUGAUCGAUGCAACCGAACAAAGAAAGCCAACAGUCUGACAGGAAACCACUGCCAGUCUCCUGGCACCCGCCCGUCCCAAGGAUGGGGAGGAAGGGUCUUCGCGCGCGCUGAGGAAUGCCAAGAAGGCGUCCACGAUGCUGAGACGCACGUAAUUUCGAGUGUCCGUGACAAGGACAAGCAGGCCCGCGCCUAG